UUGUCAAUAUCCAAUGAUAUACAUAAUUCUGAAUAUCCCGUCCCUCAUUGGCUCUCCGCUGAGAACGAGAACGGGUGGCUGUCCGCAAGCCCGUGGUGCUGAAAUCUCGGCUCGCUAUGAUAACAAUGUAACGGCAAUGAGACAAUUCACUGUGGAACCCAAUAAACACCACCAAAAUGGACGAUGAUUUGUUCCAGUUAAGACAAGUCCCGUGAGUAUUUAAAAAAAACUUCUUAAUUUCUAAUUUGAUCGUAACUGGGACAUUUUGCUAAACCGACCCUUCGCGCACAGCCUUUCUUUUGCACACAUUUUCGUGAUCGUUUGAAUUGCAGCUGUUGGGUGACAAUGAUCUCUUGACAUAACAAUAUGUGCAACAUUGUAUUCCUCUUUUGAGCUAGUCAAGAGUACUCUACGCAAAUACAGUGUGGCAUGUCGAGGAACUUGCCAUGCGUUUUGUUUGAAUGCAAAGCAUCAAUGACCGGUAAACAGUAAUCCUGACCCAACUGCUCAUAUGGGUGCUACAACAAUGUCGGCUAGUAUUUGUAUAAAUUGUUUCCUUUUAUCUCAAGGUCUUUUUACUGGUAGUGACAGUGUGUAUAUUUCACAGGGGGUUCAUUCACAUCAUUGCCUGCUGUAUAUGAAGCUACUACUGUGCCAACAUCAUUCGUCAUGCCUUUAUUUUGAUCAUGCAUAAGUUGCACCAGUUUGUUAGAAUGGGUUGGUUAACAUCUAACAUGUUACACAACAUAGCCUAUUUUCAUUUUAUCCCUAAUAUUUUUGCUCGCAAUGGCCACACAUUUAGCCUAACAAUUACUGUAGGUAUACUGUAGGUAACAGAUGUGUAUGGCAGCCUAUUACUCAUUAUUAGUAGCAACAAAUAUGACCGUGAUUUAGAAUGGUUUUAGAAUAUCCAUACUACAAUUGUAUCUAUUGCGUUACACAUUAUUUAGUAGCAACAAAUAUGACCAUGAUUUAGAAUGGUUUUAGAAUAUCCAUACUACAAUUGUAUCUAUUGCGUUCAGUUCUGUUUAUUGGCAGAAAGAUAGACACACUUUUCACUGAAGCUGGUCGACCAGAGUUAUCCACUCCUGGCUAUCACCAUCAACUUCCAACUAUGUUCCUAUUGAGACUCUCCUUUUUUAUGUGUAAUAAUAAAAAGGCAUAACAUUCUCUUUACAAUUGUUCCUAUGCUAGUAAAGCAGUGACUUGGCAUUAGGCUCAGUUACUACAUAAAAAACAGAGAACUGAAAUUGUGCAAUGUGACCGUGGCAGCAAACUGUCUUUCUCCCCAGUGUGAACCCCAAAAUAAUAUUUCCGAACAGGAUACAUAGAUCUUAUGCUAUUACUUGUGAGGAGAUGAUGGUUGAGGCAAUUAGGCCACAUUGCAACUUUCUUGCAGAAAGUGUAAAGCCACCAACACAAAGGUUUACAGAAUCUGUCCAUUGUGCAAUGACCUUCUCCAAGUCUAUAUGGGAUACAUGUGGGAUUGUUCUGUACAGAACUGAAAGAAACUGAACCACAGUAAACAAGGCAUGUUGAUUUCUAGGCUCCUCACUGGGCGAUCAGCUGCAUUUCUUCUGCCCUUGGCAAAUCUGUGUAGUAAUUAGAGUGAUUAAGACAUCACUGGGCUGCCUCCAAGUUCCUUUUACAGUGUUCCACCCUCUAUCAGCAAUCUGUUAUCUUACAAAAUGUGGAGUUUAUAAGCUCCAUGUACAGAUAACAUACGGGUGUUUUAGGUAUUGUCUCAAUUUGAGAAUUACUAUUUUUCCUCCAUUCCAUAUCAAAUCUAUUUGUUGUCUACACACAAUGAUUAGGUGUCACACAAGUUUGUCAGUUGUGAACAGCAGUGCAUAACCUCCCUCUGUUUGCCUGACAGGAACAUCUCAUAUCACCUAGGCAACAGCCUCUCAUUCUCAGCUUCAUUCAGCUGUGUUGGCACAAACUUCUUCUUUACAGUAGGCUGUCAAACUGAUCCAAGAUGAUCUUCCUGGUUUUCUCUAUUGCAGCGUGGUCAAGUUCCGUCGCACGGGUGAGAGCACACGCUCUGAGGAUGACGGAGGGGAGAGAGAGCAGGAGGUCCAGAUCGAUGGGAGGCAGGCUUACAUGGAGUCUGUGGUACUUCAGGAUGGCGCACUAGUACCCCGGGAGUUUGCCAAUCCAACUGAUGGUAUGACUGGGUCCCUCCUUAGCCACCACUCUGACAUUACCAUCCAAACUCAUAUUAACUCCCAUAUGCAUGGAACCGCCUUCCCCCUCUCUCCUUCCACUUACCCCCCCUGGGGACCACUGGGCUCUUAUAAUGGCUUUUCUCUUUAAUGAGAUUGACUACUGUUACUCAUUGUGUACACAUUUAUGAUAGUAACUUGCAAUCCAUACUUGUUAUUUGAUUUCCUACUUGAGUUGGUAUAGAAUUUAUUGUUAAUUGGUUACACCUCAUAUUCUCCCCAGACACUUUCAUGGUGGAGGAUGCUGUGGAGGCCAUUGGUUUUGGGAAGUUCCAGUGGAAACUCUCCAUCCUCACUGGUCUGUCCUGGGUGAGCAGCCACGCUUAAGGCAGUCCGAGAGAAAAACGUAACAGUUUCAUAACAUGUUGUGUAUGUGCUCUAUUUCAAACCUGUACAUGUGGAUAUAAUGUAUAUGAGCACAAUUCACUGUGUCUUCAUUGUUUCCUUUCCCAACGGUCCUUAUGGCCUUGUUUGUUCAGAUGGCUGAUGCUAUGGAGAUGAUGAUUCUAAGCAUACUGGCACCACAGCUGCACUGUGAAUGGAGGCUUCCAAGCCUGUGGGUGGCGCUACUCACCUCGGUAAUGCCGGACUUAUUCUUACAUUGAUUACCAGUAAUACUAAAUGAUAACUGGAUUGGUGGGCUAACGGUAGUUAAAAUCUAAUGAAAUGUUUUCGUCACAUACACAGUUUACAACAGGUAUUAAAGGUGCAGUGAAAUGCUUAUGUGCUAGCUCCCUCAACAAUGCAGUACAUGAAUCAAUAAUAGCAGUGAGUUGUUGAGAAGUUGGUGAUGAUUGUAUGGACUAGUAGUGAUGAGUGUAAUAGCAGUAGCUGUUGAUGUUAAUGCAGUCUUACAGUGUCACUUGUCACUUUUCAUUACUAACAAGGCCUCUACAUAUAGUGAUAUCCAUUUCCUCUGUUUCUUCAACUCCAGGCGGUGUUCAUUGGAAUGAUGAUCAGCUCUUCCAUUUGGGGGAACAUAUCCGAUAAGUAUGGCAGAAAAACAGUGAGUUCAACGACUGGGUUUAUUAUGGGAGAGGUUAGAAACUUUCACAACAGGACAGACACAGCUAUAUCGAUUUCUAACUGGCAUUUCACAGCAGUUGGGUCAUUCCACCAAUUCGGUGCCUUUUUAGAAGUGUAACUUAGUCCCAAAAAAACAUUUGAUUUCACCUAAUUUUAACAUUCUGUCAUAAAAAGCACCCAUCUCAAGUGGUUAAAUAAAAAAAGAACUAUAGUAAGUUUCAAGUUUUAAUGUCACAUGCACAAGUACAGUGAAAUGCCUUUUUUGCUAACUCUAACCCAAACAAUGCAGUAUUCAAUAACAGUGUAAUACAAAAAAUAACAAGGUACAACAAAAACACACAAGAUAUAAAAAUAAGAAAUAAGAAGAACACGAUAAAAUAGAAUGCAUUUGGAAAGUAUUCAGAUCCCUUGACUUUUUCCAAAUUUUGUUACGUUACAGCCUUAUUCUAAAAUUGAUUAAAUCGUUUUUUCCCCCUCAUCAAUCUACACACAAUACCGCAUAAUGACGAAGCAAAAACAGGUUUUUAUAAUUUUUUGCAAAUGUAUAAAAAAAUAACCCCGGAAAUAUCACAUUUACAUAAGUAUUAAGACCCUUUACUCAGUACUUUGUUAAAGCACCUUUGGCAGCGAUUACAGCCUCAAGUCUUCUUGGAUAUGACGCUACAAGCUUGGCACACCUGUAUUUGGCAAGUUUCUCCCAUUCUUCUCUGCAGAUCCUCUCAAGCUCUGUUAGGUUGGAUGGGGAGCGUCGCAGCACAGCUAUUUUCAGGUCUCUCCAGAGAUGUUCGAUCAGGUUCAAGGACAUUCAGAGACUUGUCCCGAAGCAACUCCUGCGUUGUCUUGGCUGUGUGCUUAGGGUCGUUGUCCUGUUGAAAGGUGAACCUUCGCCCCAGUCUGAGGUCCUGAGCGCUUUGGAGCAGGUUUUCAUAAAGGAUCUCUCUGUACUUUGCUCCGUUCAUCUUUCCCUCGAUCCUGACUAGUCUCCCAGUCCCUGCCGCUGCAAAACAUCCCCACAGCAUGAUGCUGCCCCCACCAUGCUUCACUGUAGGAAUGGUGCCAGGUUUCCUCCAGACGUGAUGCUUGGCCAAAGAGUUUUAUCAGACAAGAGAAUCUUGUUUCUCAUGGUCUGAGAGUCCUUUAGGUGCAUUUUGGCAAAGUCCAAGCGGGCUGUCAUGUGCCUUUUACUGAGGAGUGGCUUUCGUCUGGCCACUCUACCAUAAAGGCCUGAUUGGUGGAGUGCUGCGAAGAUGGUUGUCUCUCAGAACUCUGGAGCUCUGUCAGAGUAACCAUCAGGUUCUUGGUCACCUUCCUGACCAAGGCCCUUCUCCCCCGAUUGCUCAGUUUGGCUGGGUGGCCAGCUCUAGGAAGAGUCUUGGUGGUUCCAAACUUCUUCCAUUUAAGAAUGAUGGAGGCCACUGUGUUCUUGGGAAUCUUCAACGCUGCAGACAUUUUUUGGUACCCUUCCCCAGAUUUGUGCCUCGACACAAUCCUGUCUCGGAGCUCUACAGACAAUUCCUUCGACCUCAUGGCUUGGUUUUUGCUCUGACAUGCACCUUCAAAUCAUGUCCAAUCAAUUGAAUUUACCACAGGUGGACUCCAAUCAAGUUUUAGAAACAUCUCAAGGAUGAUCAAUGGAAACAGGAUGCACCUGAGCUCAAUUUCGAGUCUCAUAGCAAAGGGUCUGAAUACUUUCUUUUUUUGUAUUUUUUUCUAUAAAUGUGCAUAAAUGUCUAAAAGACUGUUUUCACUUUGUCAUUAUGGGGUAUUGUGUGUAGAUUGAUGAGGGGAAAAGUUAAUAUAAUCCAUUUUAGAAUAAGGCUGUAACGUAACAAAAUGUGGAAAAAGUUAAGGGGUCUGAAUACUUUCCAAAUGCACUGUAAGUAAGCAUACUAUAUACAGGGUCAGUUCCAGUGCCAUAUUUACAAUGUGCAGGGAUACUGGAUCGAUAGAGGUAGAUAUGUAUAGGGGUAAGGUGACUAGGUAUCAGGAUAUAUAAUAAACAGAGUAGCAGCAGUGUAUAUGAUGAUUGUAUGUGUAGAGUCAGUAUAAUAUGUGCAUAUUAUGUGUGAGCAAAUCAUGGAGUGAGUGUUUUUAUUUGUGUUGGAGUAUCGGUGUGCGUAAGUGUGUAGGGCCCUCUGAGUGUGCAUAGAGACAGUGUAAAAAUAAGAAUAAAAUACAAAGGUCAACUCAGAUAGUCCGUGUAGCCAUUUUGUUAGCUAUUUAGUUAGCUAUUUAGCAGUCUUAUGGCAUAGGGAUAGAAGUGCCUAUUAAGUUCCAAAUAAAGUAACAUGGUUGACCGUAACAGGGUUGACGAUUUAAUCUUAAAUCAGCCAUAAAUCCCCUUGUGACAGGUGGAAUGGAAGCUUGUUGUGUGGAACAGGGAGUGGCAAUUCAAUGCAAGCGUCACAAAAAAAAAAAAAAAAUCAAACAAAAUGACAAACCUGUCUAUCUAUGCGUAACAGGGUUGACAUGUUCUGCUCGACCCGCUCAGUUUUCCACCACAAAACACUAGCAAAUGGCCAAAAAGAGUAGAUCCAGCUCACCUGCUUUUACACAUGAUUUGGCUAUUAGAUGUUCAAUGUUUCUUUUGAAAAAAUAUGAAAAAGGAAUAGUUUCACCAUAUUAAAACGAGAGUUCUGUUCACAUAACAGGGUUGACCUUAAAAUGAGGGACAGACUUAAAUGAAUCACUAAUCACAUGAAAUAAAUAAUAAUCUUCAGAAAUGACUUUGUCAGAGCAACAAAAUAACUAGGACUUUACAAUGAUGGUGAGAACUUGGAGAAAUGUUGUGGCUACGUGGAUUAAAAUCUUCCUAGAAGUCACAGAGGGUGCACAGGGGGAAAUACUGAAUUUUGGGACUUCAGCAAGUCUUUAUUUAAAUAAAAAAUCAGAUUGAUUGAAUUCUCCAUGUGGUCUAAAUUAAAGGACGCUUCAUUUAAUAUAGGCUUUUAAAAUUCAAUAUUGGUGCACAAUUUCUGCUUAAAAUCUCAAAGGGAUGCAAAAGACAGUCAUUUCGUGGAACGACACAGUUAUGUGCUUUGACAGGCUUUCAUGAGACAUCAGUUUUAUAUCAACGUCUUGGGAAGAGAUGGGGAAUGGGGAGAUCCAGAACAUGUGAUGUGUGGUAGAGAUAGUUAGGGUAUUUUGCUGUCAGUGUCAGAGCUCACGGUUGUGGAUGUGGGUGUGUGUGUGUACACAGGGUCUAAAGAUGAGUGUGGCGUGGACCAUGUUCUACGGUGUACUGAGCGCCUUUGCCCCCGUCUACGGCUGGAUCCUCUUCCUCCGCGCCCUGGUGGGCUUCGGCAUCGGAGGAGCCCCACAGUCGUAUGUAUACCUUCUCCCUUCCUGUUGGCAUUAUAACAAUAGCUACAGUAUACUGUAGUAGGUCAUAGUAAAGGAUUGGGUUAUGUAAUCUACCCAGUUAUAAGUAGGCUACAUAUUUGACUUUAUAUUAAUGACACACAAUAAUAGUUCAUAGAAGUAGAAUAAUAGUGACAUGUACUUCUCCCUUCAGGGUGACACUGUAUGCAGAGUUUCUCCCCAUGAGGUCCAGAGCCACCUGCAUCUUGCUGAUAGAGGUAUGGCUUACCCUUUACUAUCACUUAACAAGAGUUACACCCUAGUCUGUGGCCUGUCCAACUCAACUCCUCUCUCCUGCACUUCUAUCUCUCAGUCCAACUUUGCAGUUGUCUUGUGAGGUCCACUUUUAACUCUGUCAAGUCCGUCAUUGAUUUGAGACAUUAGCAGGUCUAUGCGGUGCAAAUUGAUCCACUUGUUUGUGAGUGAUCCUCUUGAUGCCAGGUUUGUGGCCCCUCAGGAGCAGGAUAGAUCUCCACUCUGACCUGGAUCAAUUAAGCUGCUUCAAUGUGCCAGGGAACUCAUCAUGCCAACCAUCUCCUGUACCUAUUGCUGUGCCCCUGCAGAUAUUCUGGGCACUGGGCACUGUGUUUGAGGUGCUGCUGGCCAUCCUGGUGAUGCCCACUUUGGGCUGGCGAUGGCUGCUCGGCCUCUCCACCGUUCCACUCUUCAUCUUCGCUAUCCUCUCUUUUGUGAGUAUGCAGUGGUGUAAAGUACUUAAGUAAAAAUACUUUAACGUACUACUUAAGUAGUUUUUUUGGGUAUCUGUACUUUACUUUACUAUUUCUGACAACUUUUACUUUUACUUCGCUACAUUCUUAAAGAAGUACAAACCCAAAAGUACUCGUUAUAUUUUGAAUGCUUAGCAGGACUGGAAAAUGGUCCAAUUCACGUACUUAUCAAGAGAACAUCCCUGGUCAUCCUACUGCCUUUGAUCUGGCGGACUCACACAUGCUUCGUUUGUAAAUUAUGUCCGAGUGUUGGAGUGUACCCCUGGCUACAUGUAAAUGAAAAAAACAUGAACAUUGUGCUGUCUGGUUUGCUUAAUAUGAAUUUAUUUAUACAAUUUAUAAUUUUAAGUAUAUUUUUGCAAUGACAUAUAUUUAAAACCAACUACUUUUACUUUUACUCAAGUAGUAUUUUACUGGGUUACUUUCACUUUUACUUGAGUCAUUUUCUACUAAGGUAUCUUUACUUUUACUCAAGUAUGAAAUUCCACCACUAAUAUGAAAGUAACAGCUACUACCAAUUCACUAGAAUAAAAUGGUACACUAUUAAACGACUGACCCUUUGGUUUUGGAAACAGUGGCUGCCAGAGAGUGCGCGCUAUGACGUGUUGACAGGGAACCAGGAGAAAGCUCUGACUACCCUGAAGCGAAUCGCCAAGGAGAACGGAGUCCCCAUGCCCCUGGGAAAACUAAUUGCUGCCAGACAGGUACAGCCCAGCACAUACAGAUAUUGUAUGGAAUACGUACAGGGCAUACUAAAAAGCCAUAGUUUGCCUUGUUUCAGUUGUUUAUCUGUCAUGUCGUGUUUCUUGACUGUUUGUCAAUUAGGAGGACCGUGGGAAGAUCCAGGAUCUUUUCUCACCGCAUUUUCGCUGGACCACAAUUCUGCUGUGGUUUAUUUGGUAAAUAACUUAAACCCUUUUAACAAAGAAAAACUUUACAUUUCCUCAUUUCUAGAUACAGGUAAUAAAAAAUAAGUUGAUCACUGAUGACUAAUUCAACUCUUACAUCUCUAAAACUUAACCAGUACUGCUCUGUUACAUACUUUGAUUGAACAUCUUCAUAAGAGUUGCAUCUUUAAUUAACCCAGUUUUCCUUAUUGGAAUCCUUAGAUUGACUGAGGACUGUGUUUUAUCUGUCUCAGGUUCUCUAAUGCAUUCGCCUACUAUGGCCUGGUCCUACUCACCACUGAGCUCUUCCAGGAGGGGGGCGCCUGUGGGGGUGAGUUACUGCUCCUUUUCCUCUGACAUCAUCAGUAACACUCACGCAAACACUCUUAAGGACAGCAUUAACCUGCUGAGCCCAAACCAUCUUUUAAAAACAAAAAAUUGAUAUUUGUGUAAUGCUUUAACCAAGAAUAACUCCAAUUGACCUCAGGUUACAUUAGCCUUUAAGUCUCAAGGCCAUUUCAGGACCUUGUGAUUUUGGAGGGCUGCAGUGAGCACUGGUAAGUGUGCAUCACGUGUUUCUUGUGUUAUGUCUCCCUCUAGAGUCAAAAGGUAGUAAGAGGGAGCCCCGGUGUAGCCUGGAGUGUAAAUACCUGACCUCAGACGACUACAAGGAUCUGCUGUGGACCACCCUGUCUGAAUUCCCAGGUAUACUUCUUUGACCUACUGCUUUCAACUAAUAGUCAUAAUAUUGCUAAACACAGUUGCUGUAUUGCAGGGUACUGUGAAAUAAAGUAGAUUGUAAAUUGUUCUGAUUGAUUAGACAGACUAGUAGAAUAUCUGAAUAGAUUGGUUGAUGUAUUAAUGUUGGGCAGGUCUGCUGGUGACUCUGUGGGCCAUCGAUCGGCUGGGACGGAGGAAGACUAUGGCACUGUGCUUCUUUGUCUUCUCUCUCUGCCUUGUGCCACUCUACGCUUGUGUAGGGAGGUAAGACCAUCCAUUACAAAAUUACAAAGUAUUACUUUUAGGAUUCGUAAUGCACUACUCUAUGACAAACAUCACACUGUGGUGGAUCCACAACUGACAACACAAUAACAGUGUUGUUGUUGUUGUUAUUAACAUUGUUGUUGUUGUCUGUGCUUCAGGACCUGGCUGACAGUAUUGAUAUUCAUCGCCAGGGCCUUCAUCGCAGGAGGUUUCCAGGCUGCUUAUGUCUACACCCCUGAGGUGAGGUCAUAGGCCAUGGAACCCCAUGUACCCCAUGGCUACAUUAUCGACUCAAUAGAAUGCCAGCACUUACUCUAAAAACAAAGCUGAAGUUACUCUGCCUUGAUCACAGGUAGAUGGAUGUGGUAAAAGACUUCUUUCAUAUCGAACCAGAUCAAACACUCUGUAGUUCUGCCUCUUCCUCUGUUAUUGUAUAACUAUGUACUGAAGUAAUUUAUGGCUUAAAGAUUAUACUAAAUCGCAGACGUUCGGUUUCUUUUCAGUUUUAUUUCUUUGAUAGAUUUGUGACUAAACAAAGGGAUAGUUAUUUGGUUCAUACUCUUCUUCCCCAUUGGUUUUUAAUAAGUAUUACAGUGUCAAUAUGGUACAAAGUAAAUGAAACUGUAAAUAAAAAUUAUGCGUAACAUGGACAGUCCCUUUUGCGUAAACGACAUGAAGUGUCUGUCCUGAAUGUUAAUAAAUGAUGUAUUCCCAUGGUGUUCUCCUGACUCCUCAGGUAUAUCCAACAGCAACCAGAGCAUUAGGUCUGGGCACUAGUAGUGGAAUGGCCAGAGUGGGAGCCCUCAUCACACCCUUUGUUGCACAGGUAAAAUGGAUAAAAAAGUUUAACACAACCAAUAUAUAAAGAAUAUUUCCUUUGUACAUAAUGUGUACUGAAAGACAUUCACGCCAUCACAGAGAUAAUUAUCCUACCCAGGCUGGUGAUACUGUUUUCAUUCCUCCCCCCUGUCCCACUGUCCUGCAGGUGAUGUUGGAGUCUUCUUUGUACCUGACUCUGUCAGUGUACAGCAUCUGCUGCCUGCUGGCUGCCAUCGCCUCCUGUGCUCUGCCCAUUGAAACCACUGGCCGGGGCCUCCAGGAGUCCAGCCACCGCGAGUGGGGCCAGGAGAUGAUGGGCCGGGCCCCUGCCAACAGCUCUGGGGGCAUCCCACACUCCGACUCUGGGUCCCAGGAGGACUGAGCACAGGCAAGGGGGUGGUGGAGGAGGGAUGCUGGAGUGGAAGAGAGAGUCAAUGAAGGAGAGGGAAGCUAGGCAAACAGCCCUUGUCCAUUCUCAACUCAAAUGUGUCAUAACUGGUUUGUAUAUAGGCACCACAGUGGCUUGAGAGAGAGCCUGCAAGCAAAAUGUUAUUCAAAAACAUUUCUCUUUGAUUUUAAUUUUCAACCACUACCGCUGUCAUGACUUUUGCCAAUGUAGGACAAACACACUCUGAGUGAGACAGAGCUCAAUCGAUUAUUCAGAGUAUACACUGAGUGGUAGCAGGGAGAGAAACAUAAUUAUAUCUCACUAUUAGAAUUUCAUAUUGUGAGGGAGAAGAACAGCGAGAUUGAUAGUAACAGUGAGAGUGAUAGAGAAAGACAGUGAUAGAGGACAUUGCUUUUUUGCAGUGUUUCUAUUAAGAGAGCCUUAAAACAAUGGUCCUACUCAGGUCCUACUACUCAGUUUUGGAUAAGGGACACAUUGAGGACGUUUGAUAGAGAUGUGAUUGCAAGGGCCCCAAAAAGUCCAUUAUCUUUUGCAAAGCUAUAAUGAAAACAAUGAUUGCUAUCUAAUGAUACAAUAAUUACCCACUCAACAUAAUCAAAUCUGUACAUCUGGGGUUGUCUGCAGAUUCCUAUCACCACGUUAACCAUCCGCCACUGUAAUCACCAUGCUGUCAACAGACAUUAUGUUCUUCAUAGAGGUGUGGGGUCACAAAUCUCAGUUACACUUCAGUUUAGACACUUAUAUACUGAACAAAAAUAUAAACGCAACAUGUAAAGGGUUGGUCCCAUGUUUCAUGAGCUGAAAUAAAAGAUCCCAGAAAUGUUCCAUACGCACAAAAAGCUUAUUUCUCUCAACUGUUGUGCACAAAUUUGUUUACAUCCCUGUUAGUGAGCAUUUCUCCUUUGCCAAGAUAAUCCAUCCACCUGACAGGUGUGGCAUAUCAAGAAGCUGAUUAAACCACAUGAUCAUUACACAGGUGCACCUUGUGCUGGAGACAAUAAAAGGCCUCUCUAAAAUGUGCAGUUUUGUCACACAACACAAUGCCACAGAUGUCUCAAGUUUUGAGGGAGCGUGCAAUUGGCAUGCUGACUGCAAGAAUGUCCACCAGAGGUGUCUCGGGGAAGCUCAUCUGCGUGCUCGUCGUCCUUACCAGGGACUUGACCUGACUGCAGUUUGGCAUCGUAACCGACUUCAGUGGGCAAAUGUUCACCUUCGAUGGCCACUGGCACGCUAGAUAAGUGUGCUCUUCACAGAUGAAUCCUGGUUUCAACUGUACCGGGCUGAUGGCAGACAGCGUGUAUGGCGUUGUGUGGGCGAGCGGUUUGCUGAUAUCAACAUUGUGAACAGAGUGCCCCAUGGUGGCGGUGGGGUUAUAGUAUGGGCAGGCAUAAGCUACGGACAUUGAACACAAUUGCAUUUUAUCAAUGGCAAUUUGAAUGCACAGAGAUAGCGUGACGAGAUCCUGAGGCCCAUUGUCGUGCCAUUCAUCCGCCGCCAUCACCUCAUGUUUCGGCAUGAUAAUGCAUGGCCCCAUGUCGCAAGGAUCUGUACACAAUUCCUGGAAGCUUAAAAUGUCCCAGUUAUUCCAUGGCCUGCAUACUCACCAGAUAUGUCACCCAUUUAGCAUGUUUGGGAUGCUCUGGAUCGACAUGUACGACAGCAUGUUCCAGUUCCCGUCAAUAUCCAGCAACUUCGCACAGCCAUUGAAGAGCAGUGGGACAACAUUCCACAGGCCACAAUCAACAGCCUAAUCAACUCUAUGCGAAGGAAAUAUGUCACACUGCAUGAGGCAAAUGUUGGUCACACCAGAUACUGACUGGUUUUCUGAUCCACGCCCCUACUUUGUUUUUAAGGUAACUGUGACCAACAAAUACAUAUCUGUAUUCCCAGUCAUGUGAAAUCCAUAGAUUAGGGCCUAAUGAAUUUAUUUCAAUUGACUGAUUUCCUUAUAUGAAUUGUAACUCAGUAAAACCUUUGAAAUCGUUGCAUGUUGCGUUUAUAUUUUUGUUCAGUGUAAAUGAGGCAAUCAAAAUAAUUAUGUAAAGUCUCUCUGUGCAGCUGGCAUAAGCAUUCAUUAGCACUCAUAUUCUAGUCUGUCUUGAGAAGGUCGUAAUGUUAUUUCUCAUGAUGACUAUAGUUUAUGUAAAUUAGGAAAAUUGCAGAUGGGUACUGAUGAAAGUUCAUACCAGGUGUUAUAAUGUUCAUAAAUGCAUUUUGAGGGUUUUAUGUAUAUGCCAUGAAACUGUGUUACUGAAAUAUUUGAACUGUACUAUACUUGAAUACUUGAACCUCUUAACGUAGUCACCCAAAGUUGUCAGUCUGGUACAGUAGUAAUUACUCUACAUGGGUGAAAUCAUUCAAAGAAAACAAUCACAUGGUUUUUCAGGGUACACCCCAUGACAGCUUUUAUAAACGGUAUAUAAUGU